UCGCGUGUCACUCGCGGUCCACUCCGUAUAGUCCCGCGGCAGCCGCACAGUUGCACGCGACUGGCCGCCGGUUGCGCGCGCUCAUAAUAAAUAAUAUUAUAUAUUAUUAUUUCCGGAUACCCGACGGACACGCGACCGUCACAUCGUUAAACAAUAUCGCACUCUUCUUCGUCAUUGUCAUAUUUUAUCUCGUUCGCGAUAUUUCUACACUUUAUAGAUAUUAUUUUACGUUUCGUCACGGUUUUUUAUUUCGCCGCGUUCCGGUCGCGAUCUGUUCGAUCGUAUGCGAGAGGGUGGGGGGCGUGCAAGAGGGCGAUCGUUUUAUAAUAUAUUGUUUUGUUAGUUAUUGUUUUAGUUAUAUCGUUUUCCGUUUCAUUUCCGACGUCAUUACCGAGUGUACAAUUUUGAACGAACAAAAAAAUAAUCUUUUUUUUGUUUUGAAAUUACCUCGUCGGAUGUAUAAUAUCCGUACGAAAUGACAACAGCCGCUACCAACGCAACCACCGGAACUUACCGGCAGAGAUCUACAUUUGUCCGGAGCAGGUUUGUCGGCGGCUGAAUACGUAGUCAACGGGUCAUGUUUUGGCCGACCGUGUUGGCGUUGUUGCAGUUGGCCGCGGAUGGACGGACGGAUGAAUUCGUUCUCGGCUACUUGACGGGAUCGAGGAGACGGCCAGGUGACAUCGGUUACUCGAAACCCGGUCGCACAAUCAGCGGCGCAAUAUCAUUGGCCGUUGAGGAGAUAAAUGCGGGAUUGUUUAAGGAAAAAGGUCAUUCAUUGAGUUUUCUGGUAGCCGAAACCUAUGGAGAAGAGUCGACUAGUAUACUUGAGACGGCGGAAUUGUGGAAGAAAAAUAUCUCAGCUUUCAUCGGGCCACAAGAGACGUGUCUGCAUGAAGCUAGAAUGGCCGCUGCUUUUAACCUGCCAAUGAUUUCCUAUUAUUGCAUGGACUCGGACACGUCGGAUAAAACGCUAUUCCCGACGUUCGCUCGCACACGUCCGCCGGACACUCAGAUAUCCAAAUCCGUGGCCGCAGUCCUUAAAGCCUUCAACUGGACACAGGUGACGUUUUUUUAUUCAAACGCAAUUGACACUCAUUUUGGUAAGAUCGCGUCUACUAUAUCAGAAGUAUUCUCUAAAUCUGGUAUAGAGAUCACAGCCAAAAAGACAUGGAACACACAUUAUUUGCACGGGUACACGGCCAAUCCAUUCGUUAAACUUGUCGCCGACACGUAUCAAGACACAAGAAUAUACGUUGUUUUGGGAAAUUACUACGAUCACACAGGUCUCAUAGUGGCCAUGGACGAAAUGGAUUUGUUCAAAAACGGUGAAUAUUUUGUGGUGGGUGUGGAUGUGGAGCAGUACGACGCAGAAAACCCGGGAAAAUAUUUAACCGGAAUGCUGUCAAACAAACCUGAUCCGAUUUUGGAAAAAGCUUUUCGGUCGUUUUUUAGUGUGGUGCCCACGCCGCCCAGAGGAUUCAAGAAUUUCUCAGUUAAAGUCAACGAGUAUAUGGAGAAACCACCAUUUCAGUUCCCUAAUCCUUUGGUACAAUUGGGUGGCGUCAAACAGAUUUCCGUCGAGGCAGCGUAUCUAUACGACGCGGUUCAUUUGUAUGCGAGAUGCGUGCUGGAGAUGAUCGAGUGCGGUGAUGAUCCGAGGAAUGGUUCGGCCAUGAUGGCCAAAUUCAAAGGUUCACACUACAAAAGUGCAUUGGGAUACGAAGUGUACAUGGACGAAAACGGUGACGCGGAAGGAAAUUAUACAUUGGUGUCACGGCAACGGCAAUCUGACGCCUCCAAAGGAUAUGGCUUAUUUCCAGCUGGUAGAUUCACUAAGCUCCGAAAUUUAACCAAAAACCCGGAGUUGACGUUGGUGGUGAAUGUCGAAUGGAUUUCUGGGAAACCGCCUGUGGCCGAACCAGCUUGCGGGUAUCGCGGCCAGAAAUGCAUCACGCAUACCGCGGAAAUCUUGUCGAUCGUCGCCGGAACACUGUUGCUGGUGUUGGCCGUCAUCUCACUGGUGUUCUACAGGAAUUGGAAGUACGAACAGGAGUUGGAUAGUUUGCUGUGGAAGGUCGACUACAAAGACAUCGAGAUCAACGACACGGAGAACAGCAGCACAUCGUCAAAGAUAUCCAGAGCUUUGCAUCCACUGAUUCGGACUAGCCAAGUCUCUUUAAGCUCUAACCCGGAUGCGGAUUUUCGUUAUUCAUCAAUAUUCACCGCAGUCGGCAUUUAUAAAGGUCGAGUGUUUGCCAUAAAAAAUGUGAAAAAGAAGUCCAUUGAUAUAACUAGAGCUAUGAAAAAAGAACUUAAAGUGAUGCGAGAUUUGAGACAUGAAAACUUAAACGGAUUUAUUGGUGCUUGCACUGAUCCUCCAAAUAUCUGUAUAGUGACUGAGUAUUGUAAUCGAGGUAGUUUAAAGGAUAUUUUAGAAAACGAAGAUGUGAAAUUGGAUAACAUGUUUGUCGCCUCGUUGGUAGCCGAUAUAAUACGGGGUAUGUUAUAUUUACACGAUUCUCCGUUAAGAUACCAUGGCAAUUUGAAGUCGUCCAAUUGCCUAGUGGAUUCUCGAUGGGUGUUAAAACUCACAGACUUUGGUCUUCAGGAGUUCAAAAAGGAAUCCGAAGACUUUCCACAUCAUUUUCUACAGCACGACUUUCGACUUCAAAAAGACGAUGAAGUGGAUUGCAAGUGUGAAGGACUUUUAUACAUCUCGCCGGAGCUGUUGCGUUGCUACAACUCUUCUAUUCAAAUAUCAUUUGGAACUCAGAAAGGGGAUGUGUAUUCAUUCUCUAUUAUUCUGUAUGAAUUGCAUAGUCGUAAAGGUCCUUUUGGAGAGAAUCACGGACUUGGGGUAUCAGAUAUAUUGAGAAAAAUUAUUUAUUAUUCACAAGAUGGGUCAAGUCCGUUUAGGCCUCCAUUGGAACUACUAGAAAAUAACUUUGAUUUUGUAAGAGACUGUUUAGAAGACUGUUGGGCAGAGAAUCCAGAUGAUCGCCCAGAUUUUAAGGCAAUCAGAGUUAAAUUAAGACCUAUGCGAAAAGGAAUGAGACCAAAUAUUUUUGACAACAUGAUGGCAAUGAUGGAAAAGUAUGCCAAUAAUUUAGAGGUAUUAGUUGAUGAACGAACUGACCAGCUCGUGGAGGAAAAAAAGAAAACAGAUGCACUGCUAUACGAAAUGUUGCCGAAGUACGUAGCUGAGCAACUAAAAAGAGGACAUAAAGUUCAAGCAGAAAAUUUUGAUUGCGUGACAAUUUAUUUCAGCGACAUCGUUGGUUUCACAUCAAUGUCUGCAGAAAGCACUCCUUUUCAAGUGGUUGAUUUUUUGAACGACCUAUAUACGUGCUUUGAUUCAAUAAUAGAGAAUUACGAUGUUUACAAAGUAGAAACAAUCGGAGACGCGUAUAUGGUGGUUAGUGGUUUGCCUAUUAAAAAUGGUGACAUGCAUGCAGCAGAAAUCGCUACUAUGUCAUUACAUUUACUCGAAGCCGUGAAGAAAUUUCAAAUUAGACAUAGGCCGUACGAUAGCCUUAGACUCAGAAUAGGAAUUCAUUCUGGUCCAGUCUGUGCCGGAGUCGUUGGUUUAAAAAUGCCUAGAUAUUGUUUGUUUGGCGAUACGGUAAAUACAACAAGUCGAAUGGAAUCCACUGGACAAGCAUUGAAAAUCCAUUGCUCCAGCGAAUGUCGGACAUUGUUGGAACGACUUGGUGGCUAUCAGACCACCGAACGAGGAUUGGUCGAGAAAGGGAAAGGAAACGUGCGCACGUAUUGGCUGGUAGGGGAAGACCACUUGCACCGGUUAAAAAGGGACGAGUUUAGGGCCCAGCGCCGAGAACAGCAGACUGGUAGCAAACACCGUAAGUCCUCCAAACAGAAGAGCGUGAAGGAUGGACCACGGAGCUCGUUAAAGGUCCCAAAGUCGACAAUGAAUGGACCAUUGUCCAGGUGUUGCAGUUUGGAGUCACCGAAAAAGUUGCGGUUUGCGAUGCACCACGACGACGGAACGCCGGUUAGGCGGCGGCCGUCGGGCGUUGCCGAGGAGGAGGACGAAUACUGCUGCGACCGUCAUCUGAGCGUUUCGUGUCCGUGCAUAGAUCAUUUCGAUCAGGACCCGUCGGCGGCUGGAAAACGACCGGCCAACUGCGGUACGUUGCUGCAGGCCCCGGUAUCCAGAGUACCUGGCUUUCCGCGUGUCAAUUCGGCCCCGGUCACGCCGAUGGCGGCCGAUUGUCUGGAGAUGACGGCCGUGUCAUCGCUGUCCGGCAUGGACGAUGUCAACGAACCGUUGAUCAAGUCGGACGACUACAGCAAGGACGGUGCGAUAACGUUCGUGUGACCUGCGUGACGGCCGCCUCGAUCCUUGGAAGGUGAUCGGGGAGAUGGGGCACUUCGCCCUCCCCGAUCCUUGGCGCGAUUACGAAGAUGGCUAUAAAGUAUUAAUCCGUGCGGAGGACGGCAUGCGUUUUAAAGGAUCCAUUCACACGUCUUUCGCACCCUCUCCCACCCAGAGAUUUACUCCUAGAAAACUGCGUAGGACUGUAAAACUGUGUCAACGAGAGAUUGAAGUGAACGACCGAUCGCCGAAUGGUUGUAGUAUAAUAAUAUGAUUAUUACGACAGUCCUUCUCUCUCUAAAUAUAGAGUGUCACCGCCUCUCCACCAGAGCUAGUGAACGGGUGACAUUAUAAAUCAUUUUACUGUUGUAAUAAUAGCGUCGUCGCGAUAUUGUCCCUAUUUACACAUUAAUUCCCGCGAUGAUGAUGAGACGGUAUUACGGUAAUCAUUUUGAUUGUUAUACGCGCAUUGAGUCCGCGACAAUACCAUACGGUAUUGCCGUCGUUGUUAUAUUACAUUGUUACGUGGUCGUUAUUAUGUUAUAAUCAUUGUUACAAUAUUAUUGUUAUUGGUCUGAGCACGAACCGACCGUGAAACGUUGUACCUUGCCCGCAGAGGCGGCGACCGAACGUAAAAUGAUUUUCGAUUGGGAUACGUCUAUCAUCGCCGAUAAUAUUCUUGGUGACUUGUAUACUUACAUGCCACUUGAGUAGAUCUCGCGGACACCCCUUUGUUUCAAUACACAUUAUGAUAUGGCAGUAUUAUAUUCAUAAGCUUUUAAUGUUGUGUUAUAUUAUAAUAUCUAGAAUUUAUUUUACGCGUCCUGUAACAUUCCAAACAUUAAUAUUAUAUUAUUAUUAU